ACCAAUACUGUAAAGCUAAAAACCAUUAACGCAUUGUCAUCCUUAUCCAAGAACCGGACAUUCUUAACACAGGAACGUCCUUGCAUAGGGAAAAAAUACUAGAUCACGAGAAAUGAAAAAUGCCCGAGUGGAGUCGGUGGUUGCGGAGCUCGAAGGCACCCUUCUGAAGGACCAAGACCCCUUCUCCUACUUCAUGUUAGUGGCAUUCGAAGCCUCGGGUUUGAUUAGGUUUGCGUUGUUGCUGAUGUUAUGGCCCGUGAUUUGCUUGCUGGACAUGAUGAGCAUGGCGGACGCGGGGCUCAAGCUUAUGAUCUUUGUUGCAGUCGUGGGUGUUCGUGAAUCCGAGAUCGAAUCAGUGUCGAGGGCAGUUUUGCCGAAGUUUUACAUGGAUGGCAUUGAUACGGAGGCAUGGAAAGUCUUUAGCUCGUAUGACAAGAGAGUUGUAGUGACCAAGACACCGAGGAUUAUGGUGGAGAGGUUUGUGAAAAAGCAUUUGCGAGCUGAUGAGGUUCUCGGAAGCGAACUUGUUCUGAACCGCUUUGGUUUUGCAACGGGUUUUGUAGAGGAAUAUGAUAUUCGUCCUCUCUCUGAUCGGGUGGCAAAGCUUUUUGUAGAUGAACCGCCAAGUUUAGGAUUAGGAAGGCCUACAUCAGCUGCUGAUUCUUCGUUCUUGUCGCUAUGCAAGGAACAAGUACAUCCAUCAAUGACCAGCAACCAAAAGCAGGACCGCCAGGUCCUCCGCCCGCUACCUGUAAUCUUCCAUGAUGGCCGCCUAGUCAAGAGGCCAACACCAUCGACUGCCCUCCUGAUCCUCUUAUGGAUGCCCUUAGGCAUCUUGCUUGCAAUAAUCCGCAUUGUUGUGAGCUUGAUGGUACCAAUUUGGGCUAUUCCCUACUUGUCUCGGCUAUUUGGUGGCGAGGUAAUUGUCAAAGGCAAACCACCCCCGCCUGUGUCUGAUGGCAACACCGGGGUACUAUUUGUGUGUACCCAUCGAACCCUAUUGGACCCCGUGGUCCUUUCCACCGUACUCAGACGUAAAAUCCCAGCUCUGACAUACUCUAUCUCUCGAUUAACAGAGAUCCUAUCACCAAUCCCCACCAUCAGGUUAACGCGAAUACGUGAAGUGGACGCAGAGAAAAUCAAGCAACAAUUGACCAAAGGAGACCUAGUGGUUUGUCCUGAAGGAACAACAUGCAGGGAGCCCUUCCUUUUAAGGUUUAGCGCACUAUUUGCUGAACUAACAGAUCGAAUUGUACCGGUGGCUAUGAACUAUCGUGUUGGGUUCUUCCAUGCAACAACGGCUGGGGGUUGGAAAGCACUGGACCCCAUUUUCUUCUUCAUGAACCCUAGGCCUGUCUAUGAGGUCACGUUCUUGAACCAGUUACCAGUCGAAGCAACAUGUUCUUCUGGGAAAAGCCCGCAUGAAGUUGCAAACUACGUGCAAAGGAUCUUGGCUGCUACGCUAGGGUUUGAGUGCACGAACUUUACUAGGAAGGACAAGUACAGAGUGCUGGCUGGAAAUGAUGGAACUGUAUCUUAUAAUUCGAUCAUUGAUCAGAUUAAAAGGGUGGUGAGCACCUUCAAGCCGUUUAUUCACUAAGUUAAUAUUAGACAAAGAUUGAUUUCUUUA